GUUCAAAGACCCAAACAACCGUCCAUGAAACAAGCACACUAGCUCAACUAGUGUCGUGUUUAAUUGUGAAGUAAUUUGGUUUUCUUUACUACGUGAAACUUCGUGGGAUAUCAAUGGGCCGUGAGUCGAGACACUACAGGAAGCGCUCCGCCUCUCGGGGACGGUCAGGGAGCCGAUCAAAGAGUCGCUCUCCGGACAAACGCUCCAAGAAAGAUGACCGGGACCGGAGCAGGAGGGAGAGGUCCCGGAGCAGGGACCGGCGCCGGUCACGGUCCAGAGACAGAAAGAGAACCAGGCGCUCCAGGAGCAGAGACAGGAGGAGGUCCAGAAGCAGAGAAAGGAGGAGGUCAGGCAGCAGGAGCCGAGCCCGGAGGUCCCGAUCUGGCAGCCCCAGCAAGAGCAGGAGAACAAAGUCAGUAAGCAAGGAGAAAGACAGUGUUGAUCCUGUAUCUGAUAAGAAAAAGACUAAAGAGGAGAAGGAAGAUGAGAAGGUUGAGGAUCAAGACUUUGACCAGAACAAGCUAGAGGAGGAGAUGAGGAAGAGGAAGGAGCGGGUGGAAAAGUGGAGGGAGGAACAAAGGAAGAAGGCCAUUGAAAACAUCGGCGAGAUCAAGAAAGAACUUGAGGAGAUGAAGCAGGGCAAGAAGUGGAGCCUGGAGGAUGAUGAUGAUGAUGACGAGGAGGGGUCAGCUCCAAUGGAGGCAGACGAUGAUGAAGAUGGGGAAGGGAAGGGGGAGAAGAAAGAGGAUAUUAAGGAGGAAAAGAGUGAGGAGGGUGAAAAAGAGGAGGAGACUCCCAUGGAGCAGCAGGCUGAGGAGGAUGAUGUGGAUCCUCUGGACGCCUACAUGGAGGAGGUCAAACAGGAGGUGAAGAAGUUCAACAUGGGAGCCAUGAAAGGAAAUGAUAAGAAGGGGGGAGCAAUGACAGUCACCAAAGUUGUGACAGUUGUCAAAACAAAGAAAGGACCUCACACUCACAAGAAGAAGGGUGAGCUGAUGGAGAAUGACCAGGAUGCAAUGGAGUACUCAUCAGAGGAGGAGGAGGUUGAUCUGCAGACAGCUCUGACAGGCUUCCAAACCAAACAAAGGAAGGUCCUGGAGCCUGUUGACCACGGGAAGAUCCAGUACGAGCAAUUCCGCAAAAACUUCUACGUGGAGGUGCCUGAGCUCGCCAGGAUGACUCCAGAAGAUGUGAACGCGUACCGGUUGGAAAUGGAGGGUAUUACUGUUAAAGGGAAGGGCUCUCCCAAACCCAUCAAGACCUGGGUGCAGUGUGGGGUAUCUAUGAAGAUCCUCAACGCCCUGAAGAGGUAUAGCUACGAGAAGCCCACCCCCAUUCAGGCCCAGGCCAUCCCUUCUGUCAUGGCAGGCCGAGACCUCAUUGGCAUUGCUAAGACCGGCAGCGGGAAAACCAUAGCUUUCCUGCUGCCCAUGUUCCGACACAUCAUGGACCAGAGGCCCCUGGAAGAGUCUGAGGGACCCAUCUCUGUUAUCAUGACUCCAACCAGAGAGUUGGCUCUGCAGAUCACCAAGGAGUGCAAGAAAUUCUCUAAACCGCUGGGACUCAGGGUGGUGUGUGUCUAUGGAGGCACAGGUAUCAGUGAACAGAUUGCUGAGCUGAAGCGAGGCGCUGAGAUCAUCGUGUGCACACCUGGAAGAAUGAUUGACAUGUUGGGUGCCAACAGUGGUCGUGUCACCAACCUACGCAGAGUUACGUAUGUGGUGCUGGAUGAAGCCGACAGGAUGUUUGACAUGGGCUUUGAGCCGCAGGUAAUGCGUAUUGUGGACAAUGUGCGUCCAGACCGUCAGACAGUGAUGUUCUCAGCCACCUUCCCCAGAGCCAUGGAGGCGCUGGCUCGUAGGAUCCUGCAAAAGCCCCUAGAGGUCCAGGUGGGAGGCCGUAGUGUGGUCUGCUCUGACGUGGAACAACACGUGUUAGUGAUUGAUGAGGACAAGAAGUUCCUGAAGCUUCUGGAGAUCCUUGGCCACUACCAGGAAAAGGGCUCUGUCAUCAUCUUUGUGGACAAACAGGAGCAUGCAGACGCGCUUCUCAAAGACCUGAUGAAAGCUUCAUACCCCUGCAUGUCUCUGCACGGAGGAAUUGACCAGUACGACAGAGAUAGCAUCAUCAACGACUUCAAAAACGGAGCUUGUCGUCUGAUGGUGGCAACCUCGGUGGCUGCCAGAGGCCUGGACGUCAAACAGCUGAUCCUUGUGGUCAACUACAACUGUCCAAACCACUAUGAGGACUACGUCCACAGGGCAGGACGCACAGGCAGAGCUGGAAACAAGGGUUUUGCCUACACUUUCAUCACAGAUGAUCAGGUACGCUAUGCUGGCGAUAUCAUCAAAGCCUUGGAGCUGUCCGGCUCUCCUGUUCCUCCCGAACUGGAGAAGCUUUGGGGUUCCUUCAAAGACCAACAGAAAGCGGAGGGUAAGACCAUUAAGAGCAGCAGCGGCUUCUCAGGAAAAGGCUUUAAGUUUGACGAGACAGAACACGCUCUGGCCAAUGAGAGAAAGAAGCUGCAGAAAGCUGCUCUCGGCCUGCAGGACUCUGAUGACGAGGACGGAGCCCUGGAUAUUGAGGAGCAAAUUGAAAGCAUGUUUAAUUCCAAGAAGAGGGUGAAGGAUCUGUCUGCUCCUGGGUCGGCUUCUGGUCCUGCGGGAUCAGUAACCUCCACAGCAGCUGCUCCCGGAGGCAUGCCAGGCAUCGGACCCACAUCUGCUGGAAACAUCCAGAAACUGGAGAUGGCCAAGAGGUUGGCUCUCAAGAUCAACGCUCAGAAGAACCUGGGUGCCGAAGCUCAGGAUGUGAUGCAGCAGGCCACCAACGCUAUCCUGCGGGGCGGCACCAUCAUGACACCCUCUGUGUCAGCCAAGACCAUCGCAGAGCAGCUGGCGGAGAAGAUCAAUGCCAAGCUGAACUACACCCCUGUGGAGAAGCUGGAGGAGGAGCGGCAGGCAGCUGAACAGGCCGAGACUGUCAAAAGAUACGAAGAGGAGCUGGAGAUCAACGACUUCCCCCAGACGGCCAGGUGGAAGGUGACGUCGAAAGAAGCUCUGCAGAGGAUCGGUGAAUACUCUGAAGCUGCCAUCACCAUCAGAGGAACAUAUUUCCCUCCAGGCAAAGAGCCAAAGGAGGGAGAACGCAAGAUCUACCUGGCUAUUGAAAGUGCAAAUGAACUGGCUGUGCAGAAAGCCAAAACAGAGAUUACACGACUAAUCAAGGAGGAGCUCAUCAGAUUACAAAAUUCCUACCAGCCGACGAGCAAAGGCCGAUACAAAGUGUUGUAGAGGGGGAACGAAGGUUCUCUGGAGGAGUCUCUCAACAGUCUCUCGUCAUCUCUACAGUUUCAUCAGUUUGGUUAAAGAAUAUUUUAGUCUAUAUUUUUAAUAAUGUUCCCUUUAAUUACGUACGUUUAGCAUCCGUUUUUUUCUCUCUUUUUGUCCUUAGUUUGCUAUGUGCUUUACUUGAGUUGCAAAUGAUUUUAUACCAACAAGAAAUCUCCAAAUGUCUGCUGUUGUUUUGACCUCCGUCAACAUUAAGCUACUGCAAUGUGUAUUUAAAUAUAGGACUAUUUUGUUUCACAUCAUUUUUCUUGUCAGAUUUCACCCUGUUAUAUGUACAUGCAACAAGGCUUUAUAAAAGAAAUCAUCAGAUGAAAGAUGUUUUUACUUUUCCUUACAAUAAAGCAAGGGGUUGCUAAGGAAAUUAACUUGAUGUGUCCAUUUGUGUGCUUGAACAAAACUGUUAUACAUUAAAUUCUUACCAGUUUAAAUUAUUCAUUAGCCUUUUGUUUGUAUAUUAUUCAUCAGUAGUGGGGAGCGGAUGCCUGGUGAGCAUUAAAACUGGAUAAUUAAACUAUUUCAGGACAAUGAAUUA